CUGCUAGACACGUCCACACCAAACCUCGAUCUCGUUUCGUGCCGAGUCGAAGGUCUAAGCGCUAUUUGUGGAAAAGAUCACCAUGACCAUGACGAUCUCGAAUUUGAUUUUUUUUCUUACUGCCACCGGCGCAUUUGGUCUUCCGUUCCGAGACUAUGAAACGCAGAAGUUUCUAUCCGAAGUCUACUUCGGCCAGCGGCUGCAGCACUACACCUGCGAAUCAGACGAACACCAUCCGGUUUGGCGGCUUUUGAGUGGUGAGGAACAUCAAGGCUCUACCGCUCGCGUUGAAAAAGUCGCCGGUUUAACGGAGGAGAUUCUGAAGUGCUACCAAGGUUUGCAAGAAUUCGUCACGGCGUUGAUUACCUGGGACCACAAAACCUCGCCAAAAAACUUACCAGAGGUCGUCAGGCCCUUUGUCCACUAUGAUGCCGAUGAAGACUCCGAUUUGGCAGUAGCACGACGUGGAUCCGCGGAUGGAAAAAGAUCAGCAACCGACUUCUGUCUCUUCGGUUGUGCGGAGCUGCUUUUGCUACUCGCGACGCAGUUGAACGACAUGGAACUCCAGCAGCUGGCCGACAGCUCGGAUUUGCUGCACUACCUCCCUCUCCACGACCCGGCGGCGCGCGCAGAUGUCCGGCAGCAGAUCGGGUCUUUGUUCGGUCGGUUCGCCGAGUUCGAUUUCACGGGGGAGCUGGCGUUGUUUGAUGUUCUGCAGCGCGGUCGUGCAGAGGUCGGACCUGCUUCGACCGUGUCGUCUGCGCUGUUCAACUUAGUCCAUGAUCCGGGAGUGGCGCAAGCGAAGCGAACAAAUUUUGUUGCCACUUCCAAGUGGCGAAAUCUGUUCGCGGACUUUUUCCUGCCUCAAAACUUGCUAAGCCGGUCCAGCCUGCCGCGGGAGUUUGUCCACAUCUAUGUUGCCAGCGAGCGGAACAUGCAAUGGAUGUACUAUGGCCGUGGUACGACCAGAGGCGAGCAUCUUACAACGGGACGUGUUCAAGAAGCAAAUGCAGCAGGAACGACUGCAGUUGUACCCACCUCGUGCGGGAGUCCGUUUCUCAACCCAGAUUUUUGUCGUUGCCUCUUUGCAAGCUUGACCAAGCGGCAACUUCGGAGACGGAAGUCGGAAAUCUACGAGGCCCUUUGUCGCCCACAGGACGUGCGACACCAGAGUCUGUUUGCACAGCUGCAGCUUCGGGACGACGAUUUUGAGGAAGAUGUGGUGAAGAAUGUCGCUGGAUUUAUCGAUUCCGCGACGGCAAUGGCGCGAGCUCGGUCCGGGGAGAACAGUUUGGUGUCGAGUGAAAGUGCUUCUGCGGAGCCGCAGGACGCGUUCGAGAUGGAUAGGCUACCCUUUUCCGUCAACCCACAGCUGAUGGUGAUGCUCAGACACGACGCUGGCGGAUUAUCAAAGCCGAACAUCGGUGGAGAUGAUGCGACCAAAAAUGAUGUGGAGGUUACCGAGGUAGUACAAGAUGAUAUAUCCGAGAACGCUCCCCUGGAGCUAGACGCCUUGAGCUACGUUUUCCAGGAUUGUCACGUGUACGACCAGACGGGUUGUUGGGAUAUCCUGAGGAAAAACGUACCCACACCAGAGUCAGGAUGGGGAUUUUGCAACACAAACCUAGGAGUUUUGUGAGUCACGCAUGACAAGUUGCACUCUGCAGUGUAGUGCAGGUUAGCAAGUGCAGCCGCAUCACAGAUUCAUCUGCUCAUCCUGUUCACAGCAUCACAAAUUCCAAAACACGACUGGAAAUGGCUCUCAUGGGGAUGCGCAUUACAAGUCUUCCAGUCUUUGCAAAUCUGCAUUACAACUCUGGUGUGAGUACGUUUUUACUCAUGAUAUGGGAUCAAGAUUCCAUUGUGCCGAUCUUGCCUUUGGAGAGGCGGCGCAGACAGGAAACAUACCUGUUCGAACUCCGCGAAUUCGCAAAAGCAAGGGCUCGUGAGAUCGACGCUGCAGUUGUGAGAGUGAAGCAACACCCGACGAUGCCGCACUUCCGGCCGCCAGACGCGAUAAAUCUGAAGAAAAGCCUGACCAUGCAGCGGUUCAGAGAAAAAUAUGUUGUGGAAGCGGUGGAAGUGGAAAAUGCGAAAGGUGGUAGUUCGCCCCGCGGCGAGCUGGAGGACAGACGGCUUGAAAGUAGUCGUGUAAGCGAUUCGUAUAAGCCGAAGCCAACACAAGAACUGGAAGACGGUCAGGCGGGGAGCACUACAAAAGACACUGUUCUGGAGGACCACCAGGAGCACGACAGGCUCGAAGCGAGCCUGGUGGAGGAGCAUCUGCUCGCCGAUCUGUUUCCCGAGCAAAUUGCGGCGAAAGCAACAGCGCCGCCACCGAGGCCUUGGCUCCAGUACUACGCAGUGAGUUUACGAGAUAGAGCACCGACUUUGGACGAACAUCCUUCUGCUGUUGAUCCUGGGCAACUACAUGCAACAUCGCACCAGCACGGCUACCAAUUCGUUGGCUUCGGCAUGCACACUCCAUUUUUAACGAGCGUAGCGAAGACUUUAUCCCUCAGUGCGAAGUUCUACUUCGAUUUCGAAGUCCAGUGGCGGUUGGAAGGGAACAUCUACAUGUGCGAAACCUUGUCAUCUGCCGAUGGUGGAACUGGAAAAAUCGACUUCGGAAGUAGAGGAUUUCUACCUGGAACUAGCCCGCCGAAGCAGAAUCUGCAGGCAGAAGCCUCUCCUGCAAAAAAAUCCUCGUUCGGCGCGACUUUGGUUCAAUACGAGGCGCAAUUGCAGCAGAAGGAAGUUGGCGACGCCCUCGUGAACCCCGCUUGCUUCGGACGAGAAGAGACGGCAGAGUCACAUCCUGCAAAGAGCUUGACGCCCGCACAGGCGUUCAUCCAUUUCUGGGCCAGGAAUUUCGAGCGCCCGGAGUUGUUCGGCAAUAAUGUUGUUCCAGGCGACCAAAACAGUUUCUCCUUGGCAGACAUCGCCGCGGAGCUGAGACACUUGAUGAGAGAAAAUGACGAGGACCAGGUCGACGCCGUGCUUUGUGCUGAUUGGGUUGUCGGCUGUGUCUUGCUCGCGAUGGCGCUUGGCGAGCAGAAGCAGAAGAUGAUCCUCGGAGACGACGAUAGCGCAUCUUCUGCCCAGCAGCAGAAGUCCUAUCUCCCCUUGUUGGUGGUGAACGGAAUUGGAUUGCUAUCCAAAUGAAAAAGACCAUCACAAUCGCAUUUAGGAGGUUUUGCAUCAGAAAUUUCUCUCGCAUCACAAAUUUUUUUGUAUUGCAAAAACACAAAGGGAAAUCGGCAACAACUCCUGACUGUGAUGCAUUUUUGCGCAUGACAAAAAAUUUUGUAUUGCAAAAAUGCGCAAAAGUGAUUGUGAUGGCCUUUUUUUCUUGAAUAACUGCUCGAGUUCACCCCGGCCGCGUUUCAUCAGGAGGUGCUCCAAUGGGUGCAGUACUUCGCGUCCCGACCAGCCACGAUUUUAGCCGUUGCGCACGAGCAACUGAACCCGCUGUUUCGGUACCAGACGGCCGGGAUAAACUUCGUCCUGAUGCCGUUGCUGUGCUUGAGCGUGUUCGAAGACGAGAAUAAGCGGAAUAAGACCUCCCGGGGCCGAGGAGGGGAAGAACACCAUGCAGGGAAUAGUCAACAAAUAACGGUCGCUCACCCACUGGAAGCCUUGUUCCCCCACGGCCGACCCCUCUAUUAUCGGGCGCGAGAAGACGUUAGAAACGCGGUGGUUCUUGCAUCUUCGAAUCAAGCAUUGGCUGAUGGAGGCUAUCCGGAGCUCCAGUUCCCGUCGAAAGACCCGAUAGUCAUUCAAAGCGCAGGACAAGCACCGAUGCUUAGUUCCACUUCCUCUUCUUCCACAACGAGCACCAUCAUCGUAUGGCGUUCUCAAACGUUACAUUUUCAACUGUUGCAUGAUUUGUCAUGCAAAAUGGCCAUGACCCACCAGACGAUCGAGCUGCUGCGCAUGACAAAUUCUCGGAGGGCUAAGCAGCACUAUAAUCUGCACGAAACCUGUAAUGCAAGACGCGCAAGGUUGUCCCGAUCACCUGUGCUAGUCUUGCAUUACAAAUUCAUGGUGACAAGUAUGGACCGUUGGCGGAUCCAUGUUUUACGUCAUGAACGGGAGGUCGUUGCAGCAGUGCACGGAGAUGACGGGCAGCAACAGUCGUGAGCCACCGGCUUGCGGAUUACUGCCGCCUACGGAUCUCUCCUACUUGGCAAAAGUAAGGAGUGAAAGUUUAAAAGUUAAAAAGGUUCAUUUUAUUAAUAUAAAAUGUAAGUAAAGCGCUCUUGGUCUCUUGUGAAGUCCUCUGUAUUAUCCUUUUAUCUAUAUCGCGGCUUUAUGGUGCUUAACACCUGGGUCCUUGGCCGACCCGCUCGAUGACUAUCUACCCGCGCUGCAGGCUCGCUCCCCUGCAUGCGUCCUUUGUGUGGACUACCUUGCUAUUUGUGUAUCGUAGCUCAAGCGUUCACUGUCUCGUAAAAAUUACUCACAGCUUAUCACUUACAUGAUAAAAGACGUUGCUUAAUUCUAACUGCGUAUGUACUCUUGCUUGUUUAUUUUUUUUAAGUUCUCUCUGUCGGCUCGCGCCCCGGCUCCGAUUCUGUCUUGAUCUGUUUAUUCCCGGCCCGCCUCCCGGAUAUAGUUUUUGUGCUUUAUCUCCUCGUGGCUCCACACCCACUGCAUUUAUGGCCCCUGCGACUGCCGACUUAUUAUUAUUUUGGGUUCGCGUCCCCACUUUUGUCCUCCCCUCAGCCGUAUCCAUGCGUUUGGCGCGUGGUUACACAGGCCGGGAAUGAGGCCUACUCUUAUUGUAUUGCUUGUAUGUGGCGACUUGCAUGACUCGGCGUCGCAUAGUCUUUUCUAUCUGUCCGCCGCGUGUUACCUACUUCAUGAUGAGCUUAUGUGGUGACUUUUCUUGCUGCUAGUGCAUGACUCGCUGGUGAUUCGUUGCCAUGUGGAUCUUGACGUGCGCAUUAAUUCUAAUUUUACUUCCUCGCCGUCGCCUGAAAAAAUGCAACUACAUAUUUAUUUGUUUCGGAGGCCCGCUUCCCUCCUAUCUCUAGUUUCUUCAGCCGAUCCGAAGGUAGUUUGUAUGUGUGCCCUGGCUUUCCGAUAUGGAGCUCUGAUUUGCAUGCUAAGUCGGAAAGUCGCCUCAUGCGCGGAGUUGCUUGAGGACACGUUAUAUGAUUUUGGGACCACGUACCUACUAGCCCGAGGGGGUGCGGGAGCCUGAAAAAAAGAACGUUAAACGUAUGUUGGCGAUAAGUUGGACUGGUGGCGAAAGUAAGGAAUAGUUGGCGUAAAAGUUGGAUGUGCCCGAGUGUGAUGGCGACGGCUUCGGUCCGCCUGACUCCGCGACCCGGUGGCCUGACCAUCUGCGGAAAGGUGCCCUAUGGGUUGCGUUUGUGGUUUCGGUCGGUUUAGCAUUACAAAUUCAUGUAACAGUUGAGAAUGUAACAUUUGAGAGCGCCAUACAUCGUCCUGCGUGCCCCGUUUUUCCACAGAAAAGAGGGCCACUGGUUCAAGGCUCUGUGCGAGCGGCUAGAACCCAUGGUCUCUUUCAAGUGGAUGAAUCCGGAGUUGUUCUUGCACCAGCAUGAGGUCGUGGACGAAAGAACUCAAGCCGCUACAUCAACUACCACAGAACAUCAAUCUUCCGAACAGCAGCUGGUGAAUAUGCGAAAGAAAUCCGGCAUCAACAAAGAAUUCUCUUCGUCGCGGAAGUGGACGAGCUUUUCCGACAUCACGAGUGCGGAUCUGGCCGUCUACAUGCCCUCGGAGCCGAGUCUGAUGAAGUUCAAGGACGUUUAUUCCGCCGCCGUGCCCAUCGCGGUGCCGGACUGGCCGUGGGCGACAAGAAUCAUGAUGCCCAAUGCUGCGCAAAUCGGCUACACGACGCUGUUUGAAAAAAAUCCUCCACUUGAAAGAACUACAGCACGUAGUGCAGCUGCGGUUCCACUUCCAGCAGUUCCUCCUCUUGAAACUCCCAGUUCUUUUAGACUGCAGCUCCCGUUUGCAGCCUCGCCAGACAGCGGAGAUGAACAAACCCCGUUUUACAAGGCGGGGAAAGACACACACGACAAGCUUUUGUUCUGGAACCGACUGUCCGACGCCGAGCGGAUGCCCUUCGUUCUGCGGUUCUCCUCCGUCGCGGAGCUUCUGGUGCUCGUGAAGGACACAGACUUGCUCCUCGAAACGUCGCGGAACAUGCGGCAGUACUUCUUCGGUCGCGUCGUCGCGAAUUCCCUGGCCCUGUAUCGCAAUCUGUUUGCCGUGUUGGCGUCGUGCGGAAGUCCGGAACUGGUCACCACGAGGGGGUUUGGUGUUCGUCGGGAUGAAGUAGAUCAAGAUGCUAGGUUGAACACUAAGCCUGGCCGCUUUGCGCUGUUUUCACCAACAAGAGGAACGACUCCUGACGCACCAGCGAGCGUGGCGAGGACCAAAAAGACACCAGCUUUCCUAACCCCACUUUCCGACGCCUUCGCGCCUCUAAUAGGUUCCCGCGGGCAGCCGAGAAUACGCGAGUUUUGCGAUGGGGCGCAAGACUGGGGUCGUUGCGCCCUUCUGCGGGCUCGACUGCUCACCAGCAGUAAAGUUUGAAUGUUUUCCUACGUGAAUGUUUCUGCCGCAGCAACAAGAGAUCAUGGUUUGAUGACGCAUGUCUUUCUACAUACGGAGAGACAUUACCGAAAAACAAAAAGCUGACUUUCUUCCUUCAGUACAGCUACAGAGCGAGGACCGAACAUCACGGAAAUGAAACCUGACCAGGCAAGUUGAGGUGCAUGAUCAUGAGCAUGCGCAGAUUGUUUCGAUCCUACUUCCAGCGAAAAAA